AUGGCGCCAGCUGAACUCCCAGAGCCAACCGCAGCUGCGGUAGCUACACUCAUCUCCAGCGGUAGUGAGGUCGAGAUCUCUGAACUAGACAAGUCAGGCCAUGUACAGCAGAAAUGGCUCUAUGAACCGAGCGGUCGCAUCAUCCACAUCCGCCCCGAGGGCCACACAAACGACCUCUUCUCCCGCUCGCUGCGAGAAUGGAAGAAGAUUCUGUCCGACUCCUUCCUGCCCGUCGGCUUCCCGCACUCCGUGUCCUCCGACUACUUCGCCUACCAGACCUUCGACUCCCUGCAGGCUUUCUUCUCCACCAUCACCUCGCUGCUCGCCAGCCGGGCCCUGCUGCAGGGCCUCGGCGUCGGCGACGCCAACUCGUCGGCCACCUUUGCGCUGCUGCUGACCAUCCUGCGCGACGCCACCUCGCGCGUCGCGACGAUUGCGUUCGCCCACCGCUUCGGCCUCCGCAUAGAGCCGGACGCGAAGCGGUACCGGUUCCUGGCAGACCUGUUCAAUGACACGGCCUUCUUCCUCGAGCUCGGCAGCCCGUACCUGUCGCCGUGGGGCAAGGUGGCCGCGCUGAGCCUCGGCGAGGCGCUGCGUGCGCUGUGCGGCGUCUCGGCGGGCGCGAGCAAGGCUGCGCUGAGCAUGCACUUUGCGAAGCACGACAACCUGGCGGAGCUGAAUGCGAAGGAGGCCAGCCAGGAGACCGCCGUGGGGCUUAUUGGGCUCCUGGUCGGGACGUUUGUCGUUAAGCUGAUUCAGAACCCUCGAAGUGUUGUUUGCCUGAUGACUCUUCUCGUUUUCGGUCAUCUCUGGAUGAACUAUCUUGGUGUCCGCAGCGUGCAGAUGACCACCUUGAAUCGACAGCGUGCCACCAUUUUAUUCCAAGAGUAUUUACGGACCGGAAAGGUGCUGUCUCCCGCAGAGGUCUCCAAACGCGAAUGGAUCAUCGUUUGGACUCCCCUCAUUUCAAAUCGACAGGGCCAGAAAGUCGCUAAGAUCGAACUGGCUAAGAGCUUUGGACACGCGAUGAGCAGCUCGACCGGCCCAGUCAAGAUCCUCGACGGCGACAGUUACUCUAUCGCCGUGACGCCAGCAGCACCACGCAAGAAUACAAUGAUUCGAAUCAUUCUGUGGGAUAAUGUCUUGCCGGAACAGGCAGUUAUGGCCUGGUUCGAGGCUGUAGAGAUAGCCUGGGCCAUGCAGAAGAAGAUGGGCUUCACAUCAGAGCUGGAGAGCAUGUUUAGAUGCAAAGAGAGCGACACUCACGGGUAUAGAAUGAAGUUCAGCAACAAAGAGUUGUGGGAGAGCAUGAUCGAAAAGGGCUGGGACUUGUCUACGCAAUCGCUGGAGACGGCUGCGCCAGUCCGACUGGUGGCUCGCAAGUUGAACACAAAGGUGUAUUAG